CUGUUAUGGAAGGAGGCUCAGACAUACCCUCUCUUCUCAUUGCUGGGGGAGAUGGAGAGUCACAUGUUCGAGUGUGUGAACCAGGCAGCAGUUCACGAGGAGCUGGAGGACGAGACCAGGCGACUAUGCGACGUGCGACCGUUCCGGCCUGUCCUCAAACUGAUCACACGCAACUGUGGACGUGCAGAACGCCUACUAGACUCUAAGAUCGGAGUCCUCAUUGGCAAAGGUCUUCACGAGUUGGACGCCCUGCAAGACCAGGAAGUGAAGGACUUUCGUUCCAAAAUGAAGCGAAUCAGCGAAGAGAAAAUGCACCAAAUGCAGAUGAUGUCGUGGGGGGAGUGGCUUCGGAGCUGUUACUCCCCUCAGCUGGAGACAGGGUUAUUGGAGAAUUUGAUUGACAAGCAUGAGGGCGUAAUCAAAAUUACCAUGCACUACGACCAGUCACAGGACACAGCUAGCCUGAAAGUAUCAUUGCAUUGUUCAGUAUCUGAACUACUGGACCAGGCUCUCAAGAAAUGGCAGACCACUCAUGGCCCAGAGGAAGACAUUGGUUCCCGGAGUGAUUAUGUGCUGCGUGUCAGCGGCAAACUGGAGUUCCUGUUUGAAGAUCACCCUCUUAAUCAGUACAAAUACAUUAGGGCUUGUUUGUUGGCAAAUGAGAACCCUCAUCUGACAAUGGUUCACUGUGGCGUUGUGAAGGCCAUGUUUGACAAGGAGAUCAGCACCAUUGGAUCAGUGCUUGCUCGGAAGUGUUCGAACCCUCCUCUACCACUGCCCCCGAAGAAGAGACAGCCGACGCAGUUACAUACGUGUGUUUGGAAGGUCCAUUCUUUGUUCAGAAUUAAUCUUGUGAAAGGUAACAAGGUGAACGCUGACGAUGCUGCUAAGAUCCAGGUUCGAGCGGGGCUGUUUCACGGCACAGAGAUGUUGUGCAAGACCGCGGUCAGCAGCGAGAGCAGCAGUCGAUCUGAGCACGUGUGGAACAAAACGCUGGAGUUUGACAUCGCUGUUUGCGACCUGCCGCGCAUGGCCCGCCUCUGUUUCGCCAUCUAUGCUGUUAUGGACAAAGUGAAGAAACAGAGAUCCACUAAGAACCCUCAGAGCAAAUACCAGACUAUCCGCAAGGCAGGGAAAGUGCACUACCCAAUAGCAUGGGUGAACACGAUGGUGUUUGACUACAGAGGUCAGCUGAAGACUGGGGACAUUAUCCUUCACUGCUGGUCCUCUUUCCCUGAUGAGCUGGAAGAGAUGUUGAACCCUAUUGGGACGAUUCAGACCAAUCCAUACACGGAGAACGCCACAGAACUGCAUAUAAGCUUUCCUGAAUACUCAACACAAUCAGUUGUGUUUCCCGCUUUUGACAAGAUCCUGGAAAAAGCUGCAGAAAUAGCAGGGUCCAGUGAGACCAUGACAAUGGGUCGUGGGGGUAAGAAGUUUUACAUCGAGCUGAAGGAGAUCAUGGAGAGGGAUCCUCUCUCUCAGCUGUGUGAGAAUGAGAAAGAUCUGAUCUGGACGCUUCGCUACGACUGCAGAGAAAACUUCCCUCAGUCUCUCCCCAAACUGCUGCUGUCGGUCAAAUGGAGCAAGCAUGAAGACAUGGCUCAGCUACAGGCUUUGCUGCAGAUUUGGCCCAAGCUAAGCCCUCGAGAUGCUCUCGAACUCCUGGACUUUAACUACCCCGACCUGUAUGUCAGAGAAUUUGCCGUCAUGUGCCUUCGAGAUAUGAGUGAUGACGAGCUAUUGCAGUAUUUGCUGCAGCUUGUGCAGGUGUUGCGCUAUGAGCCGUACUACGACUGCGCCCUCAGCCGGUUCCUCCUGGAGCGCGCUCAGACCAGCCGCAAAAUAGGCCAUUUCCUAUUCUGGCAUCUCAGGUCUGAAAUGUACAUGCCACCGGUAUCGGUUCACUUCGCUCUGAUUUUGGAAGCAUACUGCCGAGGCUGCAUCCCACACAUAGAGGUCCUAAAAAAACAGGUUGAAGCUCUCAGUAAGCUGAAAGCAGUAAACGAGCUUAUUAAACUGGCUACCAUAAAAACCAAGACGAAACAAGCUCAUCUUAAAGAGGCAAUGAUGACGUGCCUUCGACAGACGGGAUUCAUCGAGACUCUGUCCGACCUGCAUUGCCCUCUCGACCCCAACCUCUUGCUUGCUGGAGUCAAUGUCGAGAGGUGCAAGUACAUGGACUCUAAGAUGAAACCUCUGUGGAUAGUUUACAAUAACAAGCUGUUGGGAGGAGACACAGUGGACAUCAUCUUCAAAAAUGGAGACGACCUGAGGCAGGACAUGUUGACUCUGCAGAUUUUGAGGUUGAUGGAUCUGCUAUGGAAGGAGGCCAACCUGGACCUCAGGAUUGUGCCUUAUGGUUGUCUGGCGACAGGAGAUCGCUCUGGUCUGAUUGAGGUUGUGUCUUCAGCUGAUACCAUCGCGAACAUCCAGAAAACAAGCAGCAACAUGGCCGCUGCUGCCGCCUUCAAUAAAGAUGCGCUACUGAACUGGCUCAAAGACAAGAACUCUGGAGAUGCUUUGGAGAAAGCCAUUGAGGAGUUCACUCUAUCGUGUGCUGGUUAUUGUGUUGCCACCUACGUCUUGGGAAUCGGUGAUCGGCACAGCGACAACAUCAUGGUUCGCAGUACAGGGCAGCUCUUCCACAUAGACUUUGGCCAUAUCCUAGGAAACUUUAAGUCCAAGUUUGGGAUCAAGCGUGAGCGUGUUCCUUUCAUCCUCACACACGACUUCAUCCAUGUGAUUCAACAGGGAAAAACGGGCAACACUGAGAAAUUUGGAAAUUUUAGGCAAUACUGUGAGGACGCUUAUCUGAUUCUAAGGAAGAAUGGAAAUCUGUUCAUCACACUCUUUGCUCUGAUGCUCACAGCAGGACUGCCAGAGCUUACGUCUGUCAAAGAUAUCCAGUAUUUAAAGGACUCUCUGGCAUUAGGUAAAACUGACGAGGAGGCCCUCAAACAGUUCCGGCAGAAGUUUGAUGAAGCUCUGCGAGAGAGUUGGACCACCAAAGUCAACUGGAUGGCCCACAUUGUGGCUCACCCUUCAUAAACACUAACAUCUGGCCACACAAACAUCUCUCCAACUGAAGUCAGGGUUCAGCAAAGUGCAGAUUUAUGACCUUAGAAAAACGAUGGCCAAAUCUCAUGGAUCUAAAUGAUCUUCAGAGGUCUGCAGGAAUAAAGGAAAAACUCGGCAUCGAAAAUCGACUGUCUCUGACUACAGUAGAGCCGUUGGAUGCAAUUGCCGUAGAGAAGGUGACAAAAGAAUGAACGUCUGCAUUUUCUUCCUACACUGAAAAAUCAAAAAACAAUGAAUAACUCCAGUUUGUCCUUCUGGAGGGAAAGCGGAGUUCCUAAACCUUUUACGUUUUUUUGUUGUCGUCGUUGUUGUUGUUUUUGUACAACCGUGUUAACGUAUCGGGACUUUUGAAAACGGACCAAUCAGAGCACAAGCUCAGAGGAAGUGCAUCUUAUCAGACCAAAAGGUAAACAUGUGCCUCACUGCACAAGAGACGUUUUGACUUUUUUUUUUAGACAACUGUAUGUGCCAGACUACUUUAUUAUGAGAAAUGGUCUUAAAAACACUGGAAUCAUGUGAUGGGUAUAAAUAUUUUAAACGUUUUAAACGUUGUAACUGUUCAUAUAUGCCACAGUACUACUUUAUGGACAGUCUGGCAGGCUUCACACACAGAUGUUUGACGAACAAACACCCCAACACCCCUCCUCUCGACUCUCGUCUAGCUUGAGCAGAUCUCAUGUUUGUUGUAUGGUGCUAGCCAUCAAAUAUAUUCCUUCUUGUCUAAAUGUUAAAUGUAAGCACAGCAUUGUAGCCAAACUUGUGGUUUAAUGGUACAGUGCUUGUUUUGGUGCCUGUUCAUUUGAGAGAAAUUCACAGAUUUAAAUGGGCUUAAAACUACAUAUGCCUGCAUAUUGAAACUCAAGAGGCCUAUUUAGUCAAACACAAAAGACUCAGCGGACCAAAAAGGGGAGGCCGUGACAGCUUCUGUCUUCUGACAGCUCAGACAGUAUAAUAAUAAUGUCUAUAUUUGAAAGCACAGACGGUUUUUACUGCUGAUAACCUGCUGUCUCUAGUGCUGCUUUUCUUGUUGGCUGUGUGACUAGAGAUGUGUAGAUGCACUGAGCAUGAUAUUUUUACACUGAUUAUGCGUAUGUGUGAACGGGAGGGAAGACUGUGAUAUAUAGUGAGAUUAUUACGAGCGAUGCCGAGAGUUUAGCGCCAACAUUCCAGAGAAUUGUACAUUCAUUUACUGUGCUGUUAUGGCAUAUAAGAGAGUAAGACUUAAGAUUUGUGUCUAUCAAAUAAAUUAGGAUUUAUACUAGAGCAGGUUGUUCUCCAAUGUCCAUUGGCUCUACUCCAUAUGCUAUUAUGGGAUGUUUUGAUGCCUUAGUGCAAUAUGCAGACGUGCAACUGUAAACCUGUUAUGAGAGUGUGUGCGUACGUGUGCACUCGUGCUGCUGUGUGUUACACUGAUGAUAAUGCAGGCUUUGCUCUGUCUCGCCCGUUUCAUAGGAAUUAAAGUUGUUUUCAUUGAACUCUAUCAUUUUUGUGGGAUUUGGAAAAAAAGAUUUAGUUAAAAUCACUGCAGCUGUGCAAAAUUCUUAGACAUGUUAGUAUUUAUUUUCACCAAAAAAUACUUUCAUUUUUAUAUUUUGCUGUAGUGAGUCAGAUCAGUUUACAUUUCCAAACAUUAAUUUUGCCAUUAAUUGUAAUAACCCUGUGAGAUUUUUGUAUACACAACAGCCGGUGCUCCACAUGGAGAUCUGAUCUGAAGAAACGAGACAGACUAAAUCCAGAAGGACUGUUCAUACCGGCUGUUGUCAUAUGAAAAUCUCACUGGAUUAUUACAAGCAAUGGCAAAAGUAGUGUUUGGAAAUGUAAAACUUAUUUUUCCUACUGUCGCACUACUUUUGCACAGUAUUGUAGAUUCAUAGAAAAGACUUGAAAUCUGUUUUUAAAAAGGAGACAUAGACAUCCAAAAUGAUGACUUUUACAUUACAGAGCUGUGCUGGUAUAUAUAUAUAUAUAUAUAUGUAUAUGCAGUAAAGUAUUCUGGAAUUAUUUUUGCUUUCUAAUGCAGAUCUUGGAUAAUAACUAUGCCAACUAUGUAGUGAAUGUGAAGCUACGUCACACUGCGUUGCAUGCUGGGAUCUCUUAAGAGGAUCGCUCUCUGCUACUGUAAUUAUUACUGAGACCUGCACCUUUUGUUUAGUUUUUUUUCCAUUAAAUGAAACAUUCGGUCAUUCUCCGUGGCAUUGUAUGCAGGGAAGAGAAGCUAUUUUAUUGCAUCACAUGAUCAUUUGUUUGAAUUGCAGAAUUGCAGUCACUGGUUACCUUGAAAGCAGUCGCUGCUGUUUUAGCCAACACGGUAGAAAUGUCCCAAUAAAAAUACAGUAUGUGUUCAA